AUGUCCGAAACCCCCACCACCCCCCGCAUAACCUCCUCGUACCUCAAUUCCUUCACCUCGCGCACCGUACGCAUGGUGGGAAAGGUUACACAGUUACGCGGUCUGGAGGCGAGUAUUGAUUGCGACGGGGCCGUUUCUGUGCUUCUUCGACCGGAUUCCCACCUCCAAGUCGGUUCCGCCGUCGAGAUCGUCGGCAAAGUGAACCAAGAUCUCAGUGUCAAGGUAUUACAAGCCACGGAUUUUGGUACGAAUUUCGAUUUCGCAGCCAUGAACGCCCUAGUCGAGGCAAACCAUCGAUACAAAGAAAUUUGGUACACCGAGAAUUAA